AAGACUUCUCGAUCGACCGUACCUGAAAACUGACUUAGGACUUUCGAUCAUACAGUCAGAAUUUCGCUUUCUAUAAUAUUUCGAAAUUUAACAUCUUUCUAGUGCAGCUCAUUGUAGCUUCAGCAAAGAAUAUUUGAGUUGUACCGAUUGUUCGGAUUAAAUAAUUUGUUAAUAAAUCAAGUCUUACGUUAUAGUCGUAAGUAUCUACAAUGUAGACAGAGAGAGGAAAAUCGAGAAUUAGUGAUAAUCCACGGUGUAGUCGCAUUGAAGGAGUGUCCGAGCGAUGGAGAACGAAAUAGAUUCGAUGACCACCGUGUCUCGCUCCGUGGAAUACGGGCUUCGUGCAAUCGGUGUAUGGCCGGGCACAUCGUGCGCAAUUUUACUUAAAGUCCUCAGCAUAUUGUCGAUGAUCGUGUUUCAAGCCUUACAAUAUCAACACGUGAUCGUGCACUUUGGCGAGGAGGAUCUGACGAUUCUCAUGGAUGCACUAAGUGUAACUUUCGCUUACACCCUUCUGCUUAUUAAAAUGCUUAUUUUCGCAUUCAAUGACCGUCUGCUGAAUGAAAUCAUGACAUGUAUGAGCAAGGACUGGAAGGAAUGCGAUAUUUCGGGCGAGUACACGAUGACCAGAAUAGCUUACGUCUCUCGUUGGGUCUCCAACGUUAUAAUCUUCUCGCACAUGAUGUCCGUAUUCCUCUACGCGAUAGGCACAUUAAUGAAGAUCAAAAACGAAAAUCAAACCGACAAUCGCGAGCUCAUCAUCAAGAUGGAGAUACCCUUCGAAAUUGAAAGCACCUCAGUACACGUAGCUGUCCUCGUUACGCAAUUCAUUCAUCAGACGAGUGCGGCCGGUAUGGUGGGCGUGUUGAACUCUUUGCUGAUAAUAUUGGUUCUUCACGUGUGUGGACAGAUUGAUAUAAUGAGACAAAAAUUGAGCGAAAUUUCACAGAAGGCCAUCAGGCGGAAGCAUACCGAGCAGGAUGUAAACGAGGACGUCGUGAAAACGCUGAUCGUCCGGCAUCAGGAGAUUAUCACUUUCUCCAAGAACAUCGAGGCUCUUUAUUCAAAUAUCGCACUAAUACAAUUUGUAUCGAACACUCUGGUUAUCUGUUGUUUGGGAUUUCUUAUCGUGAUCUCUAUCGGUGUGCCGGGUGGCUCGAUGAUGUUAGUGAAAUCCGUGUUCUUUUACAUUGUUAUGAGCCUAGAGGCAUUUAUAUAUUGCUUUGUCGGAGAACAUCUCAGUACAAAAGGCGAAUUGAUCGGCGACGCGGCGUACGAAUCGCUUUGGUACGAACUUAACCCGAGUCAAAAUCGAGACAUCCAUAUUAUAAUCGUAAGGUCCCAAAAGCACUUGACGCUUACAAUAGGAAAAGUCGUGGAACUCUCUUUGAGACAAUUCGCUAACAUCGUGAAAGCUUCGGCGUCGUACGUGUCGGUGUUGCAUGCGAUGUAUUGAAGUCUAAAAGUACUUUGUACGCCUCUUAUAUCUUCGCAUGCAGAAGACUAUAGUACUUUUACACGAUUGACAAUUUUCCUGUUCAGAGAAUCGACUGGGGUUUCAUAUCGAAUGUACGCGAGCAGAGGAGCAAGAAAAUUAUUUACCGAAGCAUCGAUUCGUAAUAAUCGUACUUGGUUUGUGGUGCAUAAGCACAGAGCUAUAAAUACGACGUUGAUUCUCUCGAUCGAUGUACUUCGCCAGGUCCGAUAAAAUCAAAAUAAAAGUAUUUCUUAAAAACAGAAACUUAAUUUAAUUAUCGAAUGCCACUUAAGUUCUGUAUGCUGACUAAAUCAAAUUUCGAGGAUACGUCUUCAUCUUUAGCUUUCCUGUAUUGUAUGUAAAAUUAAUUUCAAGCGUGUAUAAAAAUAUAUCGGAAUAUA